AGACAAAUCGAGGAGCGAGAUAGGGUGGAGCAUAGCCUUUUGAUGUUUUCAUCGUCUCGUCAUUAUUAUUAAGCUGCUUACGAGUCAAUCUUGUAUGGUUAUUAAGUUUACAUCUUAUUUUUCUUUAUUUUUGCCCUCCCUCUCUCUCUCUCUCUCUCUCUCUCUCUCUCUCUCUCUAUCUAUCUAUCAUCCUUAGUCAUUAAUUGCGCACAACUGCAGUCGGAAUAAUAUAAUGUGUGCAGUACGGAUCACGUGUUUAUUUCUAAUAACAUGUUUUAUUUAUCAAGCAUCUGCAUCCUGCCAAAUACCAUUGAUAAUAAGGGGCUCUUGGUUUUCUUGGGAGAAUGGGAGGAACACGUUGACAGAAAUAAAUGCCGAAACUAUGACAAAUCGAGGAUAUUGUAUAAAUAUGUUGGAAGAAUAUCAUGUGAAUUAUACGUUUGUAUUUCGCAAAAAUGUUUGUUAUCAUUGUGUAAAACUGAUUGUUAGAACGGUUAAUGUAUUAGAGAAACUAGAAGCAAGCUGUGUAAAUUUACCCACCGGUGUUGAACCUACGGUAGAAAACGUCUGCAAAGGAUUACGUCCUGAUCAGCAAUUGAUAACAUUAUUUUCUGAAAAUUAUGUUCCUGUGAAUUGUAGAUCGUCGCUCGAAGGUGUAUGGCAGUUUGCCUAUCAGAAUCGAUUCAGGUUUACAGGAGAAUGCAAUCAUCCGGAUGCGCAAAUACGUUCUUGUCAAACAGCAGGAACACAGUUUCUUAUAACUAAUCAAAAGUUCAAUAUAACUUACAAACAGUGUCAGGGCAUGAAAGGAACCUUCGACGGAUUGGUAGAAUACAGCUGUUUGGGUGAUUGGUUCGUAGAAAAGAAUCACUUUUUUGCUGUAGCAAACACAAAAGAAUCUAGAAAGGACGAAAAGUACAGGUGUUUUUUAAAAAAUCGCGAUGACGAUUUAUACAUUGGUGUAUCGAUUACAGCAGAAUGUAAUACUUUGAAAACAGUCGAGAAGAGUCCUGAGAGAUUAAGAGUUACGCCUGUCAAAGCUGAAUUAGUAGAACCUGGGUGUCGCUUACCUCAAGAUAUGCAUGGGAAUUGGAUAAAUACUGCUAAUAUCGAUGCGGACGUUUUCAUUAAUGAAACGCAUAUCAUCGAAACGUGGUACCCGGACGAAGGCCGUUAUAGGCGUACAAUUUAUGUUUGUCGUGAAUUAAGGGAUAGUAGGAUAAUGAUGGCACGAUUAACGGUCGAUGGCUGCCAAAGGGAUUACGUUUGUUUCGAUGUUGUUACGCGGCAUCACAAUAUCAUUAGAUACCGUCGUGGCCUUGCCGUUAUUAAGGAUGAUUUUCAUACUGUUUGCUCUUGGGUCCAGUUUCAAAAUACAGAAGAUUGGAAGUACGACUUAUUUUUAGCGAAAAAUCCUGUUCCCGUACGUUGUCCUGUCGCUGGAAAAUAUAUGUUUAAGCAGAAAGGAGAUGUACUUUUCGAAACACGUAUCUUGGGUGGUGUCACACUGUCGCCACGUCCAAAUAUCUAUUGUAAGCAAAAUAUUUCGGAUUUUUCGGUAUGCGAUACAGAUCAAAAAGAAGUGGCCAUAGAUGAGAACUAUUGUUUGUCCGUGGAUUAUUUAGGAAAGCCAGUGGAUAUUUAUAGCGAACCCGAUUAUAAAAUGAAAUGUAUUGGGUAUUGGAAAGAAAAUUUAAAAUCCUAUCUUAUUACAUACGACGAAUUAGAUCCUUUCAGCAAGUACCGUUGUUGGGUAUAUCAGAGAGCAGAUUUAAACAGAGUAUUAAUGUCUCAGGCAAUCGGACCAUUUUGCGAUCUUAAACAAGACGUUACGAGUAGCAAUUAUACAGAAGGUGCAGCAGUUGCACUCGAAUUGCAAGAAUACGAACGAGAACGCGAUCAGUGCCCGAUGCAUUUUGAUGAUGGCAGUAAUCCAUGGAUGCAGACUGAAAACUAUAUUAAAGUUUUCCGUUAUGGUAACGGUAACGAUAACGCGAUCGUAACGUCUCCCUUAUUGCUUACGGGACUCUUAGUCUUUCUUACUCGGCUCAAUUUUAUACAUGUACGAGUGUAGCGCAUAUGUAUCUCUUCAAGAUCAUAUAUUUUUCUAUUAAAACUAUAUUUUGCUACAACACUGGCAAUGAUUCGAUGACUACAGCUCGUUGAUCAUCAUCAUCGUCAUCGUUUCUAUUCGACGAUGUUUAAGACGUUUAUUAUUUUUACAAUGGAGAAGAAUUUCAAGUACAGUGUGUAUAUACAUAUACGUAUAUAUGUGUAUAUAUAUAUAUACACACACACACACACACACACACAAUUAAGAAAUGGUUGAAACGUGAAUUAAUCGCAUUUAUGCAUGUACAUAUGUGCGGCCCCGCCAGUAACAGCUGGCGUUGUCUACACUAAAUUUCUCUCGUUUAAAAUGAUUUCUACGCAACGUGCACCUUCUUUUAGGUCAUUGACGAAAGCGAAUUCGACGAAAUAUAAACCACAUAUGUACUAACUUAUUCAAAUCCAAAUAACUUAAAUUCAUUUAAUUUCUUUUA